AUGGUACCAAAGCCUCAAGGCAGUGCUGUUCAGUCGGCUACGCAUCGCCCUCUCCCGCCGCUCCCCAAGCUCCGCGUCCGACGACCAAACAAGCCAGAGGUGAACCCAUGCCUCGGCGCAAUGUCCUCAGUUUUGGGAUGCUGGGCUUCGUCGGGUUACAGCAUGCAAGCAUGCGCACAGCUUGAACAGAAAUUGCGCCAGUGCAUGGAUGCUCCACGAGACCCCAACCAAAAGAAGAACAACAUCAACUACCACCUCUCGAGAAUGUACCCCAAGAUUGUUGGCCCUCACAAGCGCAACUAG